CAGCAUCAAACUAAAGAGGGUGUCAUGUUAAGUCAUAGAUCCUCACCAUUCAGCAAAGUGUAUGCAAACAGUGGUACUUUCACUGUAAAUUGUAAUGUAAUUUUGCAAAGGAUAUAUUGUCAUGGUUCUGCCUCUUCUCGUCAUGUCGUUCUUGGUCUUGUAGCAGAGCCUCUUGUUCUGUGUGGAGAGAAACAUAUUAUUGUCGGCCUCGACAUAAUGUGAGUUCUCUCCGGUGUCUCGUCUAGUCCCGCCCUCUCGUUCCCACGUUAGCUUCCCCUUCGUGUUUGAUCCCAGUCACCUGCCCGUCACCCACCCUGAAUCAUCCCUCGUUAGUGUUCCCCUAUUUAGAACCCCUGUUCUUUCUGUCCCGCGUCGGUUCAUCGUUCAUUUCAGUGUGUGUUUACCUCGCCUUACCUUGCCAUCGUGUUCCGGAUACCUUGUUCCUGUUUGCUGUGGACUUAUUACUCUUAAGACCUUGUUUUGUUUUGUCCCCCUUGAGGGAAGUUUUUGGUUUCAGUUCUUGUCUUGAUUUGUCCCGUUUUUCCCCCAUCGUGGGUUUUUGUUUUACUAUUAAAGUUGUUGUGUUAACCCUUCAACUGCCUGCGCCUGGGUUCUCUGCCACGAUCUUGACAUAUAUUUGUUUAUUUGAGAGUGAUUUGAGUAAAGUCACUUAAUCGCAUGCAGUUGUCCUGUGAUAUCUGCGUCGUUUGCCGCAACCACUAUUAAAAUACAGAAGAAGCGGCUUCCUAUGGGCGAAGCGAGAGCUCGGUUCCCUUGCUGGACAUGGGCUCGUUGUCAAGAUAACGGCGUGUCAGAUCCAGAGCGGGAGAAACGAUGGGCAGAACUGUUCGAUCAACUGGAUCUGAAUAAAGACGGAAGGAUCGAUGUGAAUGAACUGCGCACCGGAUUAAACGCUUGGGGGAUCGUUCGCAGUGAGGUAGACGAGAUUGUACGUGAGAGUGACACCAAUCAUGAUGGCCAGCUGGACUUUAAGGAGUUCACGCAGUAUCUUUGCAAGCACGAGAAAGAGCUGAGACUCAUGUUCUGCAGUCUGGAUCGCAACAACGAUGGUCAGAUAGAUGUUGCAGAAAUUCAGCUGUCAUUGCGCAGCCUCGGAGUGAAUGUAUCCACCGAGCAGGCCUCCAAAAUACUCCAAAGCAUGGACAGAGACGGCACUAUGACCAUUGACUGGAAUGAGUGGCGGGACCACUUCCUGUUUAACCCUCUGCACAACAUGGAGGACAUCGCUCACUACUGGAAACACUCUCUGAUGUUGGACAUCGGGGAACAGCUGACCGUGCCGGAUGAGUUCUCAGAGAAAGAGCGACGCUCAGGUGUGGUGUGGAGGCAGCUGGUGGCCGGGGCAAUGGCCGGAGCAGUAUCCCGAACAGGAACAGCUCCUCUGGACCGCCUUAAAGUGUUUCUUCAGGUUCAUGGCUCUAGUGGGGUCAGUUUGUUUGGGGGUCUGCGUGGGAUGGUGCAGGAAGGGGGACUGAGGUCCCUCUGGAGAGGAAAUGGAAUCAACGUUCUCAAAAUUGCCCCCGAGUCAGCUAUCAAAUUCAUGGCUUAUGAGCAGAUCAAAUGGCUGAUCAGAGGCAGUAAGGAUGGCGGAGCUUUGAGGGUUCAAGAACGGUUCGUUGCCGGAUCACUGGCGGGAGCUACAGCUCAGACCAUCAUCUACCCCAUGGAGGUGUUAAAGACUCGACUGACGCUCAGAAAGACAGGACAAUACUCUGGAAUGGCAGACUGUGCCAGGCAGAUGCUGCGUAAGGAAGGGGUGCGUGCAUUCUACAAAGGCUAUGUGCCCAACACACUUGGCAUUAUCCCUUAUGCUGGUAUUGAUCUGGCUGUCUAUGAGACUUUAAAGAACGCCUGGCUACAGCGGUACUGCAUGGGCUCGGCUGACCCUGGAGUUCUAGUUCUGCUUGGAUGUGGCACUGUGUCCAGCACUUGUGGACAGCUGGCUAGUUAUCCUCUGGCUCUUAUCCGCACACGCAUGCAGGCCCAGGCUUCGGCUGAUGGCGCUCCUCAGCUGUCUAUGGUUGGCCAGUUCAAGCAUAUUGUGUCCCAUGAAGGUGUCCCAGGACUUUACAGAGGCAUUGCCCCCAAUUUCCUUAAAGUCAUUCCUGCUGUUAGCAUCUCUUAUGUAGUUUAUGAGCAUAUGAUAAAAGCCCUGGGAGUUCUGAGAUCUUAAGAUAAGACAGACUAAGAGUAAAAGAGCAUAUCCUUAUGGUGAAGAGGACCCUUGAGACUACAACACACCAAUGAAUGACCUAAAAACCUAUUCUACAUUGUACACAGUCUUUUUAUACUUUAAUAAGAAAUGAUUGUGCUGAGCCAUAGUCAUUCAUUUUAGAGGAUGUGUGACUGGCAGCUGGAGAUCUCAGGUUUAUGAAGUAUUAUUUCAACAAAACAAACUGUUUCUCUGAUUCUUUUCUUAGUCAUUUUAUUUUACAUAGUUCGUACUGUCAUUGCUCUGAUGAUGUCUUGUGAGAUCUAUAUCUAAGGAGUUCUUAAAAGUAAUCCCAUAUUAUCUAAGGUGAAUGAAAUUCUGAUUUGAGUGUAUAGGUUUGUAUCAUGUCUUUAUCUUUUCUGUUCAACAAGAUCUAUUAGUUAUCCCUGUUUAAUGACAGGGAUUGGUGGUGAAAUAGCAUUACAGUAUUUUGAAAGGUUAACCUUUUUUUAAAUCAAGAUCAACCGAAGUUCAACUCAUAAAUUGAACUUCAUAUUUUCAGAAUGUAUAUUAUUUGUCCAGUGAAUCAUGGAAUAUCUUGAAAAAGCGUCUUCUGUCUGCCAUUUACCGCACAUGGCAUGAAUGAUAAAUUUUAAAUUUCAAGAGGGAUUUUAGGACACAUAUACUGUAUAUUGUAAAGGACAGUGAGGAGUAAUGCUACAGUUUGGUGACUAAGGGAUUUGCACUUUCUAAUAUAUAUAUAUAUACUGUAUAUAUAUAUAUAUAUCCUAAAUGUCUAAACCUUUGUCUAAACAGACAUAUGGUUAUGACAUUGUUUCUGCUUUGCUACCUUUCUACAAGUUUAGCCUUUCUAAUAUUUAAUUCCUCACUGUUAAGGUAUAGUGCGAGAUACUUAAUUAGUGUUAGAAAUAAGAAAAUGGUAGUGUUGUUUCCUUGAACAAUUUCGCAUUUAAUUGGGCUUGUGUGUAAGAAAUGUGUUGUGGGAAUGUUAAAAAAUGUGGCUCAAAAUAAUUAAUAAUUUAUCUUUAUCUUGACCCACAUUGCAUGUUUUCAAUGCAAUUUGCUUGUCAAUUUGCAGUUAUUUUCUUUGAGAGCUAAUUUUUCAUAUCUGAAAUAUGCAAAGCACUUUGUAUUUAAAGCUGACAAGAAGUUUGUGUUUUUAUAACAUAAAACAUCAAUACAUGUAUAAUGUGUUGUUACAAAAAAAUAUAUAUAUAUAUCAUAAUGUGGAAUGCAUACAAUUAAUGGAUGAGUUACAGGGUGGGUCACAAUUUUUAAUAUGUUUCGCUGCGUAACGAAAUGAAAAAGGUUAAUGCUGAUAACAUCAGAUUUAUAUAAAACAAAAGCCUAAGAUAGACCAGUGGUACUGGAGGUCCAUCUUCAUGGGAGAGAUUACUAAAUUAAAACCAUGCAAAUUCAAGUGGAUUUAAUUGGAUCACUGCGCAAGUGGGAUAGAGUUCCAUUCCAUUUUCCAAUAGCUAUACUACAAAGUUCCCUAUUUGCACUUUUUAAACUUUUUUAGUCAAUUAAGCUGAAAUAAGUGAGUUUGUUGCAUCUAAUGCAGAUUUAACUACCAGAAUCUGAAAACUCAAAUGCAUUUUUGAGUACAACAUCUUGAGUAUAAAUAGCUUGAAUGUAGAUGGUUGGGGAAAUGUAAAUCUCUAACUCUUAAUAAUCUUGAGAUUGUACUAUGCUUACAUUUAGAAAUAUAGUUUCUAUCUUGAAUGCAUUGCAUUGAAAGUAGUGUGCCUUGACAUGCUGUAUUGACUUUCAAAGAUGUGCAUGCCCUUUUUAAUGAGCCUGCCUCCAUUGGCAAUGAUUGCAUCAUUAUAUGUGAGAAUAAAUUUGUGUACGAAAUUAUUAAUG